UGAGUCACAAGUCUAUGGUAUUCCGAGCGACGACCGCGCGAGAGCGACUGCGAGUACUCGCGUUCCCACAAAUCGCGGACGUGUAUUUCACAUCGUCGACCGGGCCAACCGAAGUUUUUCCGCAAAAAUCGAAUUCGAACAAUCCGCACAUAUCAAUCGCAAGACACAUAAUCACUAACACAAACGGCAUAAAGAUAAUUUGAUUAACAAAGUCAAAAAUUAGUUGGAAUUAUCAGUGAAAUUGAUCUUAAUACAAUGUAUGAGUGCGUAUGGUCAGUUAUUGAUGCUGAGUGAUGUUCAUACUGUUCAGUGUUCGUGUGACAAAGCGUCGACCGUCGGGGGCUAUUAUCCUAAUCGAGAUUGCGUCGGGCCGGGAGCGCUCUCGGGCCUUAGUCGCUGCGGUACCCUAAAGCAGUAACUACGGAGUCGCCACUUCUCCUCCGCACCAUUUACUGCCAGGAUUGCGAUUUGAAAAUGGUGCAGCAGGAUUUGACCUAGGCCUGCUAUGGCUCGGGCGGGCUCAUGCGCGUGAGCCCCGGGCAGCCAGGACUGUGUAGUGUUGUGUUGUGUAGUGAUGCCCGCCAUGUUGUCGGCUGUGCUGGAAGAGGAGGCCGACAUGUACGAGGCGUUCCCGCCGCAUGUUGACCCCACCGGAAUUACCAUACUCACCGAUAGCCCACCAGGGAAGAAAGCGCCGCUCAAAACCUUCGAGGAGGUCCAACCGCUGUUACAGCAGUCGAGGAAACGGGAACUCAAGCUGGUCAUCAGGGAGAACUCCUGGCCGAUAAACAGUCCGGUCCGGGCGUUGUUGUGGCCGGCAUUGUGCCGGCAGCACCAGCAUGGAAAAUCCAUGCUCGACGGCUUCUACUGGGACAUGGUCACGCAGGUGUUCGGAACAGUGGAGUUACCGGACAAGCCAAUCAUGCUACCACCCUUCGUUGAGGCAACGCACUGCCUCGGCUACCACCUGACUCGUAAGGGCCGCGCGGUCGCCGAUCGGGUCGUCUCCGUGCUAGGCUAUGCCUGCCCCGACAUUACAUACAGCCCCAGCCUCUAUCCCAUCACGGCUGCCCUGCUACACUUUAUGCCUGAGGAGGAAUGCUACCACUGCAUGGCAUCCCUGGUGGCGUCCAAGGAGAAGAUGUUCAUCACACAGACCAAGCUGCUCAACGAGGUCACCUGGAAAACGGUCAUGCAGAUAGCCAAGAAACACGCCAAGUCAGCGGCGCAGCACCUCUCGAGGCUAUCGGGCGCAAUUGGGCCGGAGCGGAUCUACGCUGACUGGCAGUGGUGGAUCCUCGCGGCGCUGCCCUUCCCCCACCUCGUCAGGGUGCUCGACUGCUUCUUCCACGAGGGCAUCAAGGUGUUCUACAGGGUGGCGCUAGCGAUCCUGAUCCUAUUCCACAAGCACUCAACGAACCAGAGCUCGGACUGGUACGCCGAGGCGACCAAAAAUGGCGUCGACCACGCCAUCGACAAGUUCUGCAGAAACAUGCCCGCCUCGCCGACGAAGCUGCUGCGGACCGCGUUUAGUAUUAGGGCUUUAAGUUCACAGUACAUAUCCCGAGUGUUCAUAAAGACGGAGAUGACGCUGAAGUCGAAGCAGGUGAUCACGGGCUCGCGGCUCGUGCGCUCUCGCUCCUCCGACAACCUGCCCACCAGCCAGAGCCAGGUCAAUAUACAGAUGAUGUCGCACACGCUGACUAUACGUGAGAGCCCGCGUUCCUCCCAUUUGGCCCUGUGGUUCCCAUUCCCUAACGCGGUGUUCGCGGAUCAGAAACAGCACUCUUCAGAUCUGAGACGGAAGCUGUUCACGCUAUGGUCGUGGCUGCCGGUCCGCAUCACGAUGUACCAGCCCGUGCUGUUGUACACGACGGAGGAGCACGGCUGCUCGCUGACCACGUUCUACGUACGAGUGGAGCACCACGAGCCCACGCUGCUCAUGAUCAAGACGUGCAACAACGAGGUGGGUAUUAUGUACACGACGGAGGAGCACGGCUGCUCGCUGACCACGUUCUACGUGCGAGUGGAGCACCACGAGCCCACGCUGCUCAUGAUCAAGACGUGCAACAACGAGGUGGGUAUUAUGUACACGACGGAGGAGCACGGCUGCUCGCUGACCACGUUCUACGUGCGAGUGGAGCACCACGAGCCCACGCUGCUCAUGAUCAAGACGUGCAACAACGAGGUGGGUAUUAUGUACACGACGGAGGAGCACGGCUGCUCGCUGACCACGUUCUACGUGCGAGUGGAGCACCACGAGCCCACGCUGCUCAUGAUCAAGACGUACAACAACGAGGUGGGUAUUAUGUACACGACGGAGGAGCACGGCUACUCGCUGACCACGUUCUACGUGCGAGUGGAGCACCACGAGCCCACGCUGCUCAUGAUCAAGACGUGCAACAACGAGGUGGGUAUUAUGUACACGACGGAGGAGCACGGCUGCUCGCUGACCACGUUCUACGUGCGAGUGGAGCACCACGAGCCCACGCUGCUCAUGAUCAAGACGUGCAACAACGAGGUGUUCGGCGCGUACUGCUCGACACGGUGGUUCGAGCGCAACCAGAAGGACGAGCGCGGCAACCGGCAGGCGUACUUCGGCACCGGCGAGACAUUCCUCUUCAGUUUGCAUCCGGUCCGAGCUAAGUACCCCUGGGUGGGGACCUUGGAGGAUAAGGCGGAGGACGAGGGCAAGUCCCAUCAUGCGCUGACGCUCUUUAUGGCUGGGGAUAGCACCAUGAUCACCGUUGGAGGAGGCGACGGUCAAGCGAUCUGGAUGGACGAGAACAUCCGCUUCGGCAAGACGGACCGCUGCUCCACCUUCAACAACCCGCCGCUCUGCCCCUCCGGCGACUUCGAGAUCCGCGUGCUCGAGGUCUACGGCUUCUCCGGAGCUUAGACGGAAUCUCGAGGUCCUUACCCGCCUGUGACGUCACCGACACGGAUACGAUGCUCAGGGUUCCCACACCCAUCGACGCGGAAGCAAUAGCCGAUAGAAUUAAGCUUUAUGUCUACGUAAUAAGAGCGAACGUGACGUCGUCGAGCCGUCCUUUUUGCUCUUAUUGCGUAGACAUUUUACUAUUUUAUUGUGACAUUAAAAGUUUUCGAAUUGAGUUCUCAUUACAAAAUAGUAUAGCAGAGCGGUUGAAUCGAAAAUUAUUUUUCAUAUGGAAAACUGUAAUUACGUCACAGGAAACGGGAGGUCCGAUUUGUGUAUUGUCGUACCCCAAGUGUGAUAUAAAUGUUGUGAUCGUGUCACAAGGUGCGCCUGCCUGCAGGCGGCGAUUGACUACAUAGCGAUAUAUAUACAUACAUAUAUACAUUGUAUAACUAAAACCCCACGGAGAGACAUGCACAAAUGCAAAAAUGGUAUGUUUGGACUCUUAGAGCAAGUCUCUACAUGGGUGUUUAGCAUUAGAAUUAUUUCUACAAACAAAAAUGUGGCUUUCCGUCACAGAAAUGUCCUUGUGCUUCAGGUGUCGUUAUAAGGUCUUUUUUUGACUGAAAUUCCAACAGAAAUUCUGAUAGAAAGGACCUUAUUGCACAAAAAUCAUAAGGGCCCUUCUCUGAUGGAAAGCCACAAACAAUUCUUAAUAUGUCAUCGAAUCGUAGGUAUUCAAGCUUGUACAGUCAGCAGCAGAAGUUGCUAAGCGAGCGAGGUGUUCAAAAUUACCUUGACGCGCUCUUAUUUCCUUAAAAGUAAAGUCGCGUCAAGUACAUUUUGAACACAUCGCCCGCUUAGCAACUUCUGCUGCUGACUGUACGAGAUUGCGUAGAAUCCGGUUGACAUAAUCGCUAUGUAUUCGGUUGUCCGUCUCUUGCCGUAAAUAGACUGUGUAUUAGCUGUAUUACUAUAUUUAUUCAAGUGUAACCUCCCCUAUACCCUAACCUCACACGUACUAAUAAGACAAGUGUGUAGGCUAACAGAUCCGUUCAAAACAACGAAAGGGGCAAUUAGGUUGUUACGAUAUUUACUCGCGUAGAGUGUGUAAGUACAAAAGAUGUGUUACGUAACCUAUUGGAUUAAAUACGCUUAAAGAAAGCAAUAUGUAUGAUGGCCUAGGCGACGGCGGCUGGACGUUCCGCAGCUGACUAGGGCGUGCCAUCAUAAGGUCACAAUUUUAUCGGUCCCAUACUUGUACAUGUUAUGAGACGAUAUAUUUAGUUUUAUUAGAGUUAUAAUGAAAAUUAAAUGUCUAAGAAAUACUCGUAGUUUUUUUACUAGAUGGCGCUGUAAUUGUUAAUCGUCAACGCCAUCUAGUGAAGAUAUUUGUUUUGUUUGAUAAUUUCAUUAUUGCUCGAUUAAAUCUACAAAAUUGAUGGCACGUUCUCAGUCUUAGUGACUUAUAGGUUCAUCCAAAACGAAAAUGCUUGUUUUAAUUAAAUAAUUAAAAAAAACUCUAAAAAUUAUGGAUGGCCCCAAGUCUGCAAUGGAAUAUUCAUACCGGCUUCAAUUAUAUGUGCAUAAAAGUUCUGGAAUAUUUUUAAAAGGCAGCUUACGACGGCUGGCAGUUAUAACCUACAGAUGUAGUGCAUAAUUGUUUUCCAUCGUAUUUUAUCGGAAGCGUUCGUAUUUGUCAUACCACUUCAGUCAACGUCAGUACUUUUUGUACCGAGACUGACUGAAAUAGCAAGACACGUUCGUACGUUUUUUCGCGAAAAUACGAUGGAAAAGAAUUCUGCACUAUAUUUGUACUUCUAUGUUAGCGUAAGAAAUAUAAUAUAAGAAGGACAUACUAUACACGCCAGAUGUCAUAAGACUGGCUUUGAAUGGUCAAAAUUACGGACAAUAGUCUUCAUGCUUAUAAGACUUGACGUGGACAAAGCAACUUUGUUUAUAUAUCGUAUAGUAUUUAAUAUUGAACUAUACGGCUAUUGAAAUAUGGUUCAUAUUACCUGCUAUCGUUAUAUAAGCAAGUUUCUUUUAUCCCUAAUUUUUACACAUGUCUCAUAUACUCAAAACUGUCACCAUGUCUUUGCUCACAAAAAUGUACCAAAGAAAUUUAAAGUAGAAAAAUUUGUAGGUGUCGCUACGCACGGUUUUGAACUUUUUAAACAGUUGUCGGUGUUCUAUGUGUACCUAAAGUUAUGAGUACUGGUGUGCCGUCGGAAAGUUUCCAAAAUUGCGAAAUUUCCACACGGAAAUUUUUCCGGAAUUUCUCAUAUUUAGUAUGGUAAUCGAAAUUUUCCAUUUCCAAAAUGAAAGUUUCCUGUAUCCUGUGAAAUUUUACUGAAAUUUCCGAUAACUUUCCCUUCUUUUUGGAAACUUUGUGCAACUGGCACAUCUGUUAGUAUGAGUGAGACGCGGUGAGUGUAGUAUUAUUUUACAUUUGACGGUAAUGUGCCAAAAAAGGACCAUUCGACUUCAUACGUCUGGCAAUUUGGUAUAAAUAUAAUGAUUCGUGAUUUUCGACGCCAUUUCUAAUUGCAUAUUUUCUAUGAUACGACUUAUGCGUGUUUCAUUCUCGUAUUUAGUAUAGGUGUUAGUAAGAUGCAAAAAUGGUGUUUCGAAUCACGAAUCAACGACCGCCUUCCAUCUCAUAAUUUUCUUAUCUAAUAUUAAUGUAUGUGACGAAGCUAUAGCGGAUGCGAAAACUUGACGGUUUUUAGCGUUUUAAAAAAAAUGAACGAAGUAAUUAUAAUGUGCGAUUUUUUAUAUAUGUUGAAUGCGAACGUAGCGUUAGUCGGACAUCACAACAUACAUAUCCCUGAAGUACAACGGGAUAGCAUAUCACCGACGGCUUGCCAUCACUCGGCAAUUCGUGGUGACGAUAACGAAAUCAUCACGAAUUACAAAGUGAGCUUCCAUUAUUGGUUAAUACAUGUGUUCUCACCUAAACUAUUUUAAAACCGACCAUCUAAAUACUCUCUAUAUCGGUUUUGAAAUAGUAGGUCUUUAAGCCGAUCCGGAGGUACUACAAACAUGAUUAUCAAAAGCCUAAGACUCGUUUUAAAUUCAGAUUAUUUAUGUAAUUUAUUGAUUAGGUAACAAUGGUUUAUAUAAUGUUAAUAUAGCGCCCCCGCGGGCCGCUACAGGCCUCUUGCGGACUCGUGAGUAGGGUUAGCAUAUGCGGUCGCGGUCAGCGUUUAAUGCGACCGUACAUUGACUGUCAACGUCCUAACGCGACCGUACGCUGACCGUACGCACGGAUCCGCUCGGGGCCUUAAAGUUAUGUCGGUAACUUUGAUAUAUUCGCUCAGUUGUUUUGAGUAUGUGCGCGCGUCCCGCGACACCGCAUAAAGGCAUUAUAAUAAAAUAAUUAAAGCUUAAAAUCGUAUGUUAGCAAAUGUUUAAAUGAUGCAUUGUCAAAUCUUUUAACGUAGGAUAAGACGCCGCGGCUCAUACUACUGGUGCGUUUAAUAUUAUUUGCACGUAUAGACAUAAUAUGAGGUAAAAGUACCAUACCAUAUUUGAGUAAGUAUAAUUGUUUGCCUUUUGCCUGAAUGUAGGUGUCGCGGGUCCCAUGCACACGUUAUGUAAGUUGUAGUGUAUACUGUAUGUAGACGGGGGAGUGUCGCGGCGGCUGCGGGGUGCGGGGGCGCCGCGGACGAUAUUACGUUCUGUUGCGGGCGCGCUGCGCACCCGUCUCUUUCACACCAACCACGUGUGAACGAGACGGGUAUAUCGAUAAAAAUGGUGGGACAAUCAGCCCCGGAUAUGGUCUGAAAAUUGGACUAAAUAAAUUCAAUUGUGCGAUAAUACACAGUUGAUUUUAUUUGAGGCAAUUUUUGGUAUUUUGAGUUUUGUGGAUGUAUAAAUUGAAUGCGCAGCGCGAUCCCGAGUUGUCGUUGAUCAGUGUAAAGUCUAGUCUUUAUCCUGUUUUUAUCUCUAACGAUAUAAUCUAAAUAUUUACGAAUUGAUAUUUAAAUUUUUGUGCGAUUUCGCCCCACCGGGGCGCGUAGGACGUGUUAGUUUAUAAAUACAUAUAAUGUAAAGUAUACUGUUAUUAAUAUUUGUUCUCCUUUUCAGUAUUUGUGGUGUGUGUUGUGAGCAUAUCGAGCGCGUGCUUGUUUUGUUACGUUACUGUACUGUUACAUUCGAUAGUCUAGCCGACGGGCGAAACUUGUUUAAUGGUAAUGUAAAUGUUGCUUUAUGAUGUCUACAAAAUAUAUAAUCCCAUAUAC